CAAUUUACGGCUUACGGGCUCAAUGUUUUUGUUGACGUGACGAUUAUAGAUUUAAUUUAAAAUUAUUAUUGUACCUAACAUUUUUCUAUCAAUAUAAAAUAGUUCUUAAGAUAAAUAAAUAACCUUUUAGUAUUAGGGUGCGUAAAUGACUUAAAAUGGCGUACAAUAAUUUACUUGAAGUGGAGCCCGACCAUUUGUUUCAAACGUAUUCCAUCGCUGAAAUAGACCAGAUUCAAAAGAAACUACAGUAUGAAAUCGAGAGGAAAAGGGAAGAGCUUCGAGCUAUGGUUGGCGAGAGGUACAGAGACCUGAUCCAUGCAGCGGACACCAUAGAAGAAAUGAGAACAACCGCAUCAAGUACUCUGAACCAUAUUGGUGACAUGAUGGGUAUUUGUAAGAACCUGCACAAUGCACACUUGAUUGGAUUUAAAGUACAAGAAAAGCCACAGAGCAAUAGUCUUCAAAUAGAUCCCGUGCAUGGUAUAUCAGUCCAAAUCAAGUUAUUAACGGAAAUACCAGAGAAAAUAUGGAAGUGUAUAAAUAGCAAUGAUUUCAUCAAAGCCGCACAACUAUUUAUUAUGGCAAGGCAUGUAAAUACAGGUUUACAACUCCAAAUCGGAAGUAGGAAUGAGAAGCAAAGCAUGCAAUCAAUACAACGGCUGGUCCAACAGCAAUGGAACUCUAUCAGUAAUUUAAGUCAAACUAUAAUUGACAUGUGCGGGCAGAGGCUGCAGGAUCUUGAUAUUAGUGUUGAGGUUGCCUGUUCUUGCCUAAUUGGACUAUAUCUCCUAGACUCCAGAUCAAUGGUGGAAUUAUUAAACACACUGAUAAACCUACAUAGUAAUAACAGCUUAAAAUCUACACUACAGUUCAAUUUGCAAAAGAUUUUGGAGGGAGAUGUUAAAGCACAGAUAAAAAAUAAAAUUGUCAAUGGUGUCAAGAUUGUCAUGAAGACCAUAGAGUUGAUUUAUUCUUGUUUUGUUGAAAACAAAGGAGGUGUAGUGAUACAAAAAUUAGAACAGCUGUAUCGCAAAGAUUCCGUGCCACUGUUGGAUUUGGUGCAAUUCAGCGACCCUUAUGCUUUAAAGCUGCUGCCCUCCGUGAUAUCUCAAUAUAGAUUAACAGCAAACAAAUCUAUACAAGCUCUAAACAACGAGGAAAUAUCAACAUCAGUACAAAACUGGAGUAUCUGGGUGAAAGCCUUCAUCAAUGACAAUGUGAAGGCACUACUACAGAAUGUUAAUAGAGUGAGAGUGUUACAUGAGAUACGGGAAGAGGCGUUUAAAAUUGAAAGUCCACCAAACUGGUCGACAAUAUGCGAGUCGCUAAACAUCCCGCCCGUACACGCGUGGUGUAACUAUUUCCAACCGCUGCUGACGUCACACGUUAAAGUCAUCGUGGAUAACCGUUGGUUGAAGAUAUAUGAUACAUUCAAAACUCAGCUGCUUAUUGAUCUUACUAAGGUAUCAGCAGAUAGUGAAGUAGAAAAGGAGGUGAAUAUAAAUUGGUUCAUUUGGAAAGACCUCAUCGGUGACACUGUGAUCGAGUCCAGGAAUGAAGUCGUCUCCGUCAUGAAUUCUUUGAUGAAAGGUAUGUCCCGCCAAGACAGAGGCUUCACACCAAACCUCGAGAAACUGUGCAAGAGUCUCGAAGACGAAUUGCAGAAACUUCUAGACGAUUUAAAAGACUAUUUAUAUGUGGAAAGGAAGAAAGAUUACUUGUAUGAUGAAGACGAGAGGCUCGAACAAAUGUAUAUAGAUACUAGUGAAAUUGAAGUUUAUUUGUGUGAUGUUACGGAUAAAAGUAUAGAAAGUAUGUUAUCAUACAUAAAAGCAUGUUUCGAAGAACCCACGCUCCAGUCUACAGAAAUACAAAGAAAAACAACCGCUAUAUAUACAGCACGGUUCGUUCAAGCGAUUACCAUCCUUAUUCCUAAUAUACGUAAAUGCUAUAUUCCCGACAAUUACACCAUGUUGGACGAAACAUUGGCCCAACGUUGGCACAAACUGUGCGAUACUUUGAAGGAGAAUUGUCACUUUUGUUGGGGGAAGUGGUUGACGUUGGUGAUGGAUAAGGCCAAGGCUUUGACCAAUAGCUUGCCGCAAGGUUUCAGUUUGGAAGAGAAUAUUGAUUAUUUAAUGAUGCAAUGGGACGUAAUAAAAAUCGUCGAAAAAGACGACGAAGGAAACUCCAUAGAGUCCAUAAUAAAAGUCCCUGCAGGGCCCUCACUAAAACUACAAGAAUAUCUGUACUCAAUCAGUCGACUACUCGAUGACGUCAUACCUCACACGCUACCCGUUGAAAUACAUACAUCCUUCAUAGACAAUAUUACAUCCAUCACUUUCGCACACUACAACAACGUCAUACGAGAGAAAGAGACAGAUAUAAAUCAACGGUGUGCGCUUCAAUUACUAAUGGAUGUACGUCAUUUGACGCUGUUACUUGUGCCAAGAGAGAACAAGAAAUGUAUGGAGUUUUCGCAAGAGAUUUGCGAGUUUUUGCGGCAGAAGAUCGAUCCGUUUGAUUAUGAUGUUUUCUAUCCGUACAUACAGACAAAUUUGAAACGCUCUGUGCAAAGAGUUCAGACAUUACUAGGCAGUUUAAUCUUACACCACGGCCAGCUAACAGGUAUUAUUGGCACCAAACCUGUGACUUCCGGCGGGAGUGGGGAUAAGGCUGCGAAUAUAUUAGCCUCUGCUGAUUCUCAGUGGUUCUCCAUACUGCCAGUCGCUACACCCGCCAAUUUGCAUAAGAAACAAGAUAAACCAGUAAAAAAGAAGCAAGUGCCAUCAGCAAGUCCGAAUAAGUCACGUUCAGAAAUAUCGGAAUUAAUGACAAGUUCCCUACCAAUAAAUUUUGCGAACGCACGCUCGGGAGCCGCGUCUUUCUUCAAUUCUAUGACGUCAGAUUGGUUUAGUGGAUAAUAAUUAUCCAACAACUAACAAUAAUAAUAUUAUAUUGUAAUAUUUUAUGACAAAUUUUUAAAGAACAGAAAAAAUUCAAUCACGGGUCGUGAUUCGAUCCCGCGUCUUUCGCCUUGCCGUGGUGAUACCUUUUUUUUAAAGUGGGGAAGAUUCCAAAGAUACCCGGCC